AUGGCAACAAAACAAGUUUUUAAUUCAAAAACAUGGGGCAGUGCAUUAAUUAAUCAAAGAAUCAGCAUGAAAGCAGAAUAUAAAAAUAACUUAAAGAGAUUAAGAUAUUUAGCAGAAGAACGUCAUAUACAAUAUAGAGAUGAAUAUAUCAAGGAUGUUAAAUUAAGAAUAGAGAAAAAUAAAGAAGCCGUUGAAGAACAAGCCAGAAAGAUCAGAAAUGCAGCUCAAUCAUCAAAUAAAAAGAGUAUUCUUGAAAUGGGUUGGGAUUCAGUUAGAAAACAAAUGGUUGAAGAAAGAAAUAGAAAGAGAGCCAAUGCAAAGAUUAUUUUCGAUAAAAAGAAGACUCUUGAAUCACGUGUUCGUAGAGAAUGGCUUAUUGAAAUGAAUGAUAAAUGUACUCAAUGGAAUAAAUCACCAGAUGAAAUGAAAUAUGCCAAAUAUCGUUUAUUAAACAAGAAGAUUUUAGAACGUCUUCCAAAAUCAAGCAAUUAUAUCCUCGAUCGUCACGAAAUGCAAGACGAAUAUGGUACCAAUCUCGAAAUCUCUGAUAAAGACAAUUACAAAGGUCCAUUACGUACAGGUACACAAAAACUUGCCUACAUUUUGGCCAACAAUUUACCAUUACCAUCCGAAGAGGCUGUUAAACAAACUGAAGAUGCAAGCUUAUCAGUCGAUCCAUCAUCACCAGAAUAUCAAGAAUACUUGGAAUUUGUUAAAUACAGUAAAGAACGUCAAAAGAGAAAAGAACAAAAACUUCGUGAAUUAUCUGAAAAUUCACCAGCUCAUAAACUUAAUAACGAAAAUACUCUUAGAAAUCAUACUCAUGGAAUUGACUUUGCUGAUGAAUAUGACUACUCUGAUUACUCUACUGAUAUCACUUCAAGCAUUGAAUUAUCAGAAGAAAAUCAAAGUGAAGGUUACGAAGAAGGCGAAGAAGAUUUCGAAGAAGGUGAAGAAGAUGUCGAAGAAGGUGAAUUUGACGAUUAUUCAGAAGAUUUAGAUUUAGAUUUAGAUAUCGAUUUUAGAAAAUAA